AUGGAGGAAGACGCGUCCCGCGCCGAGCCGAGCAGCAUCACGGGCAGCACCCACACCAUCCCACAGCAGCCCGAAAACUCCGAACUCCUCAUUCCCAGCUUCGCCCCGUCCUCCUCAGCCCCGUCCUCCCCGACCCCGAGCGGAACCCUGUCCCGGCUGGGCCUAAAGAGCCCGACCAGCCCCACCAGCCCCACGGCGGCCCCCGGCAGCCCGGCGGACCGCGGCCAGGUGAGCGCCAUCACCGUGGUGGCGCUCCUGGACAAGCUGGUCAACAUGCUGGAGGCGGUGCAGGACAACCAGCAGCGCAUGGAGCGGCGGCAGGCCGAGCUGGAGGGCGCCGUGCGCGUGGUGCAGGGCGACGUCACCCGCCUGUCCAAGACGCACGUCAGCACCUCCAACAGCGUCGGCAAGCUGCUGGAGCGCUCGCGCAAAGUCAGCGGCAACCUGAAGGAGGUCAAGGAGCGCCUGGACAGACAGGCGGUGCAGGUCAAGAAGCUGGAGGCCAACCACAGCCACCUGCUGAAGAGGAACCACUUCAAAGUGCUCAUCUUCCAGGAGGACAAUGAGAUCCCCUCCAGUGUGGUGGUCAAAGACUCCCUUAAGACCCCACAACCAAGCCAGUAUGAUGCAGAAUCCACCCUGGCCAACCCAUCUAUUGCAGGCUCUGUCGAUGGCAUCCGGACCCAAGACGAGGGUCUCCAGACCGUAAGCCUGUCUUCAGAUGAGGAUAUGGAUCUUUCAGCAGCACAAGAAGAAUACAUGCUUGAAGGUGCCGGGGCCUCUUCCCAAAGAUUUGAGAGGAGGGCGGACAAGUUCAAGCGCUCCAGUCUGAAGAAGGUGGAUAGCCUUAAGAAGGCCUUCUCUCGGCAGAGCAUUGAGAAGAAGGUGACCCAGAUUACCACCAAGAUCGUGCCCCCAGAGAAGCGCGAGAAGCUCAAGAAGAGCCUCACCCCUAACCACCCCAAGAGCCCGACUGCCAAGAGGUCCUCCUUCAAGGUGUCUCCCAUGACGUUCAACAUCAAGAAAGUCCGCGACGGGGAGACGCCCACACAGGAAAUGGGCUCGCCCGAAGCAGAAGCUCAUGUGGAGAUUCCUCCCCUGGGGAGCCUAGAUGGCGAGAUUCCCUUAGCCGAGGUGCACACCGAGGGGGAUUCGGUGGUGGAGAUUUGCGAGAUGCUCAGCCCGUCCUCCCCGGAGAGCGCAAGUGUCGAGGUGUCGCUGAAUGGAAAAGCGCCCAGCUUGGAGUGCGAGAUGAAUGGAGAAAGCAUGGCUGGCCUGGCAGUUCCAGAGGAGGAUGUGGGUGACGAUGAAGAGGAGGAGGACGUAGAAGAUGAGGAGAAACACAAAAGUCCUGUCGAGGCAGCAGCAGAUGCCCAGAUCCCCACAGCUUCGAAUGCUGUGGAACAAGUGUCUUAA